AUGUCCGACGACAAUUUCCCUCCAAGCAACGACGAAAUGCAUACAUCUCUGCCUGUUGAAUUCUCACUUGACAGACACGCAGAUGAGAAUCAGGAUAUCGACCACACCCAGUGCCGUCAAGGUCAGGCAGAACAACGGGUCGGCCACCCUGGGCAUGCAUCUCGAAAGGACUACAGGCAGAACAGAAGUGUGUGCUAUUUUGGCUUCACUGUCAACCAGCCAAAAACUAAGUGCAUUCACACCAGCAAUCUCCAGUUAAACAAUGAUUGUCAAGCGGCUGGGGACUCUGGUGACAUGAAAGUUGAUACUGAUUCAGAGGUCCAACAAACCAGUGUUGGGUACUGCACGAAGGCAGCAAAGAGCAUACAGGACAGUGCCAUUGUUGCUAAAUGGAAGACACUUGGUUUCUUCCCAGAUCUUUGGAAUCAAUUGUGGCUUGGGAGCCGCAAAACCGUUGUCUUGAAGCAGUAUGAGUAUGACAUGGCCACUGUCCAAAUCACGAUUAACGUUGUUCCUGUGAAGUACAAGCUGAGUGGCAGCAAGAGUGAGAUCAAACAGAAGGCGAACACGUUGUUGAAGAGCUCGAAAUUUUUGCAUGGAGAAUGUGAUGAGCAUGAUCAUACUUCUAACUUUGUGCACAGUGGCCUCUGCUCUGUCUGCCUUCAAGCAUUCUAUGACGGUGGUUUGAAAUUGUUACAACAAUUUCCUGAAUUUUGUCACACCAUCCCUUGCAAAGCCCUUCUCCUUGUCGUGACCAUCAUAAGCCUAUUGAAUCAGUAUGUUCACAAUGUUAUUCACAUCUACUUGAUGUAUGGCUACAUGAACACCAAGCAAACAGCCUUGGGAGAUUCUGAAAAGAUGACGAAUAUCAUUGCAAGAAGCUCGAUGAUGAGCUCUGAUCUUGGGCUGUGGCUGGCAUACAGGACCAGGGUUGUUGUCGAUGGCGAACCUGAACUCAUCUGCACAUUUCCAUGCUUGCCUGUGCCUCCACUCCUCUCAUUCUGGCGCCUUCUGGUGUCAUUCGCAUAUGUUCAAGCCACAUCAACAUUCACUGAUGUGCGCUGGGCAUAUGCAUUAGGCACUGGCGGCUGUUGGGAUUGA